AGAUCGUCUGCUCAGGAGUCUACAGUGUUAUUGGAGGGAACAACAGGAUCUGCUCUGCUGAAGAAAAGAAUGAUCUCCAAUUUUCUUCCACAAACACAUAAAGAAAAGUCACCAAGAGGAGUACGUCACAGUGUGGAAAUUUGGAGAGAUCACUUGUGAGAAAAUGGUAUUCAGAAGUCCCUGUACUCCGGAAACGUCCUCUGCUAAUCUCCAAACUGACACAUCUAGCAAACAAACCCCAAAAAAUAGAGGCAAAGAAGAAACUCACCACUGCUUAGACUGCGGGACAAAAUUUAAUAGACUGAGUAAUCUCCAAAGACACCAGCGCAUUCACACAGGCGAGAAGCCGUAUCAGUGCUCAGUGUGCGGUCAGAGUUUUAUUGUACAGAGUAAUCUCCGAAUACACCAGCGCACUCACACAGGAGAGAAACCCUAUCAGUGCACGGAUUGUGGGAGGAGUUUUGCAAGACAGAGUCAUCUCCAGGAACAUAAGGUCAUUCACACAGGAGAGAAACCGUAUCACUGUUCAGAGUGUGGAAAGAGUUUUAGAAAGAGUCGUGCUCUCAGAAAACACCAGUUCGUUCACUCAGGAGUAAAACCGUAUCACUGCUCAGAGUGUGGACACAGCUUUAUUGCACUUAGUAAUUUUCAAACACACCAGCUCAUUCACACCGGAGAGACACCGUAUCAGUGCUCAGAGUGUGGGAAGAGUUUUACUAGACAGGAUACUCUCCAACGGCACCAGCGCAUUCACACAGGAGAGAAACCCUAUCAGUGCACAGAUUGUGGAAAGAGUUUUAGAGAGAGUGGUACCCUCCGAAAACACCAGCGCAUUCACACAGGAGAAAAACCACAUCACUGCUCAGAGUGUGGGAAGAGUUUUACUUCACGGAGUAUUCUCCAGAUUCACCAGCGCGCUCACACAGGAGAGAAACCGUAUUAUUGCUCGGAGUGUGGGAAGAGUUUUACUGUACAGAGUAGUUUACGAGCACACCAGCGCAUUCACACAGGAGAGAGACCGUAUCAGUGCUCAGAGUGUGGGAAGAGUUUUAAUCAUCAGGGUACUUUUCAUGAACACAAGCAAAUUCAUACAGGAGAGAAACCUUAUCACUGUUCAGAAUGUGGAAAGAACUUUAGAAGCAGAAGUACCCUCAAUAAACACCAGCGCGUUCACACAGGAGAAAAACCUCAUCACUGCUCAGACUGUGGAAAGAGUUUUGCCUCACGGAGUCAUCUCCAAAUUCACCAGCGCAUUCACACAGGAGAGAAACCGUAUCAGUGCUCACAGUGUGGGAAGCGUUUUAGGGACAGUGGUGACCUCACAAAGCACCAGCGUAUUCACACAGGAGUAAAACCGUAUCACUGCUCAGAGUGUGGGAAGGGUUUUACUAGAACAAAUUAUCUCAAAAAACAUCAGCUCACUCACACAGGAGUGAAGCAAAAUCUGCAAUAAUUGCUCAAACUAUAGGAGAGUACCUUCAUUCAUUUGGAUUUGAAGAUACCGAAGUGCUUUAAGAAAGAGAUGUUUGCUGUGUGGUGCAUGAAUCUAAGCCUGCCAUGUCCUCUUCACUUUAACUUGGUCUUCUUCUGGUGGUGACAGAGGGAGGAAAGCAGGUUACUGGGUAUAAGUGCUAGAAACCUCUCUCCAGUAGCCUCCACAUGGACAAAAGAACAUAUGCUCUCCUUAAUAGUUCUCUGAUAAAGAACAACAUUUAUGGUUCUUCAAAUUAGCAAAAAUGUCCCAGGACAGCAGAACAUCUACACAUCUUCACAUUACCCCUGCCAUAUUUGAAUGUUUGCUUUAUGUUGAGGAUUGUGAAAAACAGAACUUGUUUUAUGGCAGAUAUAAAGGGACCUGACUUGUCCAACAAGUUACACUUCAGACUGAUAUGUUCGCAGGACAUCAUCCCAAAAGGUUUUAGGGAAACUUGACAGGCUGGCCACUCCUGAAGAGAUUCACCAGUGUUCCUAUGGUUCUUAAUUGGUAGAUGAUGGCUCUGACUGUGGUUUGAUUCUGUCCUAGACCCUUAGCAUUGUUUUGUAACAAAUUCUAGAGUGAUAUUUCAGCAGCUUGUUUUUUCAUUUGGUUUUAGAUUUGACAUGAUCCACAGCAUUCCACUUACUCACUCAAACCACUCCGUGGGUGGUUUGAAUGGCUGGCCCCAAGCUUAGGAAUCUCUUGGAUAUCCCAAAAAAACAAAGGUGUAAAGAAGGCCAUACAGAAGGCCCUCUUUCACUUUGAUUAUAUUGUUUGAGGUAGAUUUUUUGUAAUUGAUUGUGGUCUCAGUGUUCAUUUAAUUUAAUUUAACAAUCUACUUAACAAAAAACGUGUUAUUGUUAAAUCUAAUUUGUACAAAAUAAUAUGUUGACAUUUCUGUAAUUUGUCUGUAUAAGUGUGAUAUUCAACAUAAACACUUUAGUGAUCUCCUGGAAGUUGAGCUUAGAUUGAUUGUCUCUUGAAUGUGCUGUUCAUUCUGACCUCUCACAAGUUUGGCUGUCCUUUUGUGAAAGACAGAGCAAGGACAUUUAGCAGUAAAAACUGUCAUCUGCUUUGAACUUAUUAUUCCACUAACUAAUUAUUUGAUCUAUGAGCAGAAAAGAAAGAAGAGUUUUUUUUUCUCUGUAGGAUAUUUAGCUAUGGUAUGCUUUUAAAAACACUGUCAUUCUUUUAUUUUAAUUUUAAUGAGUAAUUUUUUAAAUAUUUGUCUUCAGCUUUCCAAAACCUAUUUUUACAUAAGUUCUUUGAAUAAAUCUACCGAAGACA